CAGCCAAUGAAAUAAGCAGACCAGACCCAGCUGCUUUUGCAUUGGUGUCCAUGGGAGAACCACCCCCUUUAAGCAGAUCGGAACUGACCAUUUUGUUUUCAAUGGUUAACGGCCUGAGUGAACCAUCUUCAUGUAUCCACCAUCUUUGGUCGUUACCUUCACUAAGAAGUCAUCUGUUAAAAUGGCUAAACUAACGUCUUUGUUUGUAAUCUUAUUGUCUUUUUUUUGUAUUAGUGAAGCUGUUUUCGAAGAUCAAGUUGGAAAAUUUGAUUGGAGACAGCAGUAUGUGGGGAAGACACUCUUUGCCCACUUUGAGUCGAAUACACAGUCAUCUAAAAAGAUGUUUGUCGCCACCGACAAGAAUAUCUUUGCCUCUUUCAACUCCAGGACUGGAGAUCUCCUUUGGAGACAUGUGGACAAGACCGGACCAGAGGGUACCAUAGACAUACUUCUGCUGCAUGGACAAGAUGCUCUGAUGGUGGUUGGAGAUGGUCGUUUGCUCCGUUCCUGGGACACAAACAUUGGCGGGCUGAACUGGGAGGUCGUGCUGGAUACUGGCAGCUUCCAGGCUGCGUGUUUUGUGGCCAUACAGGACACCGUAAAGCUUGUGGCAGUGCUAAAGAAGGCUGCCAUCUCUCUCCACUACUUAUCCAAUGGACACCAGAAAUGGGUGGAGAAUCUGCCUGACAGUGAUGCAGUCCAGUACCAGGCAGUGUACUCUGGGGGAGAAGAGGAGGUCUAUGUGUUGGGGGUGGUUCCUAACUCUCACCUCACUAUCAUAGCCUACAGCCUAGAGGAUGGAGAGAUCAUCAAGCAGAGAUCAGUCGAAGCCUCAUGGCUGUCCAGUGUUGAGUCCAGCUGUGUGGUGGUUGGUCAGGGGGUGCUGAUGUGUGUGGAUCCCGCCACUCUCGCCCUCUACACCCUCCCGAUACAGGCUGAGGAGACUCCAGAGUUCAGCCAGAUCCUACUACAGUCUCUGGAUCUGGAGGUGUCCCCAGGCUUCCAGCCCGUCCUGGUGUCCAGUCAGCCCCACCCGGCCCGCUCCCCCCUCUCAGAGUUCUUUCUCCAGCUCGGACCAGACCACCACGUCCUGCUACAGCUCAAUGCUGAUGGAUACACCAUCGCCCCACUCAGAGACUUCCAGCCGGCGUUCUUAGUCUCAUUUGCCACCACGGGGAAGAAGACUGUUGCUGCCGUCAUGACUCCCAAAAACGAAACGGCUUGCGCCAUCAAUCUGUUCAGCGUUGACUCUGGUCGCAGGUUGUUGGACACCACCGUCCUCUUUCCCCUGGAGCCUAACGGGGGGAAACCACACAUGCUGUACGUCCAUGCCUUCCUGAAGAAAGACGACUCUGUGGGCUACAGGGUCCUAGUGCAGACACAGGACCAUGCUCUCACCUUCAUACAGCAGCCAGGACGUGUGGUAUGGACCAGAGAGGAGGCCCUAGCUGAUGUUGUUACCAUGGAGAUGGUGGACCUGCCACUCACUGGGACCCAGGCCGAGCUGGAGGGGGAGUUUGGCAAGAAAGCUGCCAUUCAAGACGGGUUAUUCCCCAUGGUGCUGAAGCGUCUGUCAUCCCAGGUGACUCUGCUCCAGGCGUGGCUGGCCCACCUGUGGAAGUUGUUCUACGAAGCCCGUAAACCCCGCAGCCAGGUUAAGAACGAGGUCACCAUAGAAACGUUGUCCAGGGAUGAGUUCAACCUGCAGAAGAUGAUGGUUAUGGUCACCGCCUCGGGGAAGCUCUUUGGCAUCGACAGCAAGUCAGGCAGCAUUCUGUGGAAGCACUACCUGGAGAAUGUCCAGCCCAACGCAGCCUUCAAACUGAUAGUUCAGAGGACUACCGCUCACUUCCCACAUCCCCCACAGUGCACUCUGCUCAUCAAGGAUAAGGACACUGGCCUGGCCACCCUGCAUGUGUUCAACCCCAUAUUUGGUAGGAAGAGCCACAUCGCCCUGCCAGCCCUGCCCCGCCCCAUCCUCCAGUCACUCCUACUACCUGUUAUAGACCAGGACUACGCCAAGGUCCUGCUGCUGGUCGACGACCAAUACAAGGUGACAGCCUUCCCGUCCACUAAGAACGUCCUGCAGCAGCUCCAGGAGAUGGCCUCCUCCAUCUUCUUCUACCUGAUCCGCUCAGAGCACGGAAACCUGUCUGGAUUCAGACUGCGCAAGGACCUGUCCACAGAGCGGAUCUGGGAGGUGGUCCUUCCUACAGAGGUUCAGAAGAUAGUAGCUGUUAAAGGGAAGAGACCCAACGAGCAUGUCCACUCUCAGGGCAGAGUGAUGGGAGACCGCAGCGUUCUCUACAAGUACCUGAACCCUAACCUGCUGGCAGUGGUGACGGAGAGUACAGACGCACACCCUGAGCGGGCCUUCGUGGGCGUGUUCCUGGUCGACGGUGUGACUGGACGGAUCAUCCAUGAAGCCGUCCAGAGGAAGGCCAGGGGGCCCGUGCACUUUGUCCACUCUGAGAACUGGGUGGUGUAUGAGUACUGGAACACCAAGUCCAGGCGUAAUGAGUUCAGUGUGCUGGAGCUGUUUGAAGGGACAGAGCUGUAUAACAGCACAGUGUUCAGCAGUCUGGACAGACCCCAUCUGCCCCAGGUCCUACAGCAGACCUACAUCUUCCCCUCUCCCAUCACCACUAUGGAGGCUACGCUCACUGAGAAGGGCAUCACCUCUAGACAUCUCCUGGUGGGGUUACCAUCAGGAGCCAUCUUGUCUCUCCCCAAGAUGUUCCUGGAUCCACGGAGACCAGAGGUCGUCACUGAACACAGCCGUGAGGAGAACCUUAUACCCUACGCCCCAGAGAUGCCCAUCCGCACAGAGUGGUUCAUCAACUACAAUCAGACCGUAGCGAGAGUGAAAGGAAUCUACACUGCCCCCUCUGGCCUGGAGUCCACGUGUCUGGUGGUUGCGUACGGUCUUGACAUCUACCAAACCAGGGUGUACCCCUCCAAGCAGUUCGACGUGCUGAAAGAUGACUACGACUACGUCCUGAUCAGCAGUGUUCUGUUCGCGCUGUUCUUCGCCACCAUGAUCAGUAAACGUCUGGCACAGGUCAAACUGCUCAACCGGGCCUGGCGGUAACCUUUCAACUCUGACCUCUCCGUUGCUGCAUGGAUGACCCCGGGACAAUGGACGAGCUGAAGCCGUUUUGGUGGGGGGGGGGGGGGGGGGGUGGUAAGUCUUUCUUUUUCAAGAAAGAGAUUAAUUUCGGGUUGCCAGAUUUCUCUCAUUUUUUUGUUUGUUUAAUUUAUUUGGUAAGACUUUGCAUUGAGGUAGAAUUUAAGGGGAGUUACGUUGCCUUCAGAACGUAGUCCUACCCCUUGACUUAUUCCACAUUGUUUUACAGCAUGAAUUCAAAAUGGAUUAGAUUAUUUUAUUUUUUUUCCCCUCACCCAGCUACACACAAUAACCCAUAAAGAAAGUGAAAACAACAUGUUUUUAGAAAUAUUUGUACAUUUUAUUGAAAAUGAAAUACAGAUCUAAUUUACGUAAGUAUUCACACCCCUGAGUCAAUACUUUGUAGAAACACCUUUGGUGGAGAUUACAGCUUUGCGUCGUCUUGGGUAUGUCGGUAUCAAGCUUUGAGUCAUCUGGAAUUGAGGAUUUUCUUCCCAUUCUUCCUUACAGAUUUUUUUUUCAAGCUCUGUUAAGUUAGAUGGGGAGCAAUGGUGAACAGCAAUCUUCAAGGUUUUCUCCAGGCGAGCUGUGCCUGGUUUGGUUUUCUCCAGGCGAGCUGUGCCUGGUUUGGUUUUCUCCAGGCGAGCUGUGCCUGGUUUUCUCCAGGCGUAACAGUUUGUAUUCAGGCCAAAUAGUUAGAUUUUCAUCUCAUCAGACCACAAUCUUUUUAGAUAUGCUCUUUCAAAUGCUUUUUUUUGCCAGCGUCAGGCAUGCUGUCAUGUGGCUUUUUCUCAGGAGUGGCUUCCAUCUGGCCACUCUCCCAUAAAGCCCAGAUUAGUGAAGUGCCUGUAGAGACUGUUGUCCUUCUGGCAGGUUCUCCCAUCUCAGCCAAGGAACUCUGUAGUUCUGUCAGAGUGGUCAUUGGUCACCUCCCUGAACAAGGUAAUUCUUGCCCGGUUGUUCAGUUUGGUCGGAUAGCCAUCUCUAGGCAGAGUCUGGGUAGAUCCAUAUUUUUCAAUUUCCCAAUGAUGAAGACCUCCGUACUCUUGGAAACUUUCAACACUCUAGAAAUGGUUGUGUAACCUUCCCCCGGAUAUGACUCAACCCAAUUCUAUCUCGGUGAUCUACAGACAGUUCCUUGGGCUUCAUGGUAUAUUUUCUGGUAUACUUUCUGACAUCUGCUGUCAACUGUGGGACCAUAUGUAGACGGGUGUGUUUCUUUCUCAAUCCUGUCAAAACAAUUGAGUUGGCCGCUCACAGGUGGACUCCAAUCAUGUCUCGAGGAGGAUCAAAGGAAAUUGGAUGCACCUGAGCUCAAUUUGGAGCGUCAUAGCAAAGGGGUGUGACUACUUAUGUAAAUGAGACAUGUCUGUAUUUUAAGUUUCAAUAAAUUUGCAUAAAAUUCGUAACAUGUUUUUACUGUUGUGUGUGUGUUCAGGCUGUAACACAACAAAUUGUAGAAUAGGUCAAGUGGUAUGAAUACUUACAGAAGGCACUGUAUGUCAUUGCUAUGAACAAAUUAAUAAACUGUUUAAAACCCUUUAUAGCCUCCCUUUUUAAGGUAGCAAUGUAAAGUGCUUUUCAUGAUCUCACUUCAUGCAAUGAAAUGUUUUGUUUUUUUACCACAACGAAAGAGCAGUUGAGUGGGUACUCGGUGCAUUUCAAAGCAGAUGUUGGUAUACUGAAAGAUGACUAAAACAUAUAUUUUUUUAAAAGAUUAGGCCUAAUCUAAGAUUACUAAAUGUGGUACAGAUUUCGAUAACUUUUAGUUUAUUUCGUUAACUUCUUUUUUUUAAAAUAUUUUUUAAUGUGUGCUAAAGGGGUAUGUUCACCAUGUUUGUGCCACAGAUACUUGAAGACCAUCCCUAUGACAGAUAGUGAAUUGGGGUGUGUGUGUGUGUGUACUGAGGAGGUUCUGCUUUUUGGGGUCGUCUGCCUCUGAGGCUCGCAGUGUUUGUCUUUUUAAGUCUUUCUUUGAUACACUGGAAGUUUUGGGAUUUAUCUUUGACCUAAUAUCCCCCCCCCCCCCCAGGGAUUUUGUGUAAAUUAUAGUUUGUAAGAUAUUUAUGUAUAGUUGUCUUAAACAUGAAUUAGCAUGGUGCUCUAGAGUAUACAUUUUUUUUCUCCCCCUUUUGGGGUGAAUGGAAAACUCAUGCUCAUGCAACACUUUCACAAAAACGCCCAAUGCCCUCAAUAAAAUGAUGACUAUU